UGCGCGUCAUGGAAGUGCAAAUAAGCCAGGCAAGAUGGCUCUUCUCUCUGAGUCCUGGCAAGCUGUUGAGCCUGUACAGCUUUAUUAUGUUCCUUUCCUAUUAAUAGGUGCUGGUGUGUGCAGAGACAAGGUCGAUUUGGCUUUUCUAGUUGAUGCAUCUGGUGACAAAGACAAGAGAGGACGAGAACAUUUUAAAAGUAGUCUGGCAAUCGCCAAAGCCAUCGCCAGUAUGUUUGUUGUCAACCAUCUGCAAACUCAUAUUGGUUUUGUUGUAUUCUCUACCAAUUCUCAAGUUGUGUUGAAUUUCAAGACAUACUUUGACCAAAAAAGUGUCGAAAACGCAAUAGAUGGAAUACAGUACUUAGGGGGAAACACCAACAUUGGCGACGGACUAAGGCUUGUGAAGAAAGAACUGUUUGAUGCCACUUCCAGAACAAACGUACCACAUAUCUUGAUUGUGCUGACAUCAGGAAAAUCAACCGAAGAUGUCAUAACUCCAUCAAAAGCACUCAGGGAUUCCGGUGUGACUGUUUUCUGUAUUGGAAUUGGAAAAAUGUACAAUGAGAAAGAACUCGAUGAGAUAGCGACAGACCCGGAUGCUAGUCACGUGCUUACAGCGGAUGUCGCUCGGCUUGGUCUUGUUAUCAAGGCAGUUAAAGGCAACAUCUGUAAAGCCAAUAUCCGGCCAGUGGCUCUGUUUCCAUUGAACGCGAGAUACGAAGCACGAGAUGUGAUUGGUGGAAAUCCUCCCGGGGAAACAAGUCUGGUCAUUCCAGCUGUGGGGCCUGAUAACAAGGAAGGCGACUCGCUCUCAUUUCUUGGCACACCAGAUAGUUUCAUCGAGUUUCCAAAUAAUGGUAAGCUGGAUACUAAAGAUUCUUUGACCAUACUGGCGUGGGUAUUCCCUGAGAAGGCCGGUCCCAUCUUCAACUUUAAAAAGGAUGGCUGGGGAGCGAAUCUGUGGUUGGCGCAACCCAGAAAGUUAUUUGCUCAUUUUGUGGAUCGAAAUCAUAAAAAAACGGUUCAGCCAUUGCAAAGCACAAAGGUUGCACCAAAUCGAUGGAAUUACAUUGGCGCCACGUAUGAUCACACAACUGGAAAAGCUGGUCUGUGGAUAAACGGCAAAUUUGUAGAUUCCAAGAACUUAGGCCAAAUUGAGCUAGCUACUAACUAUACAAUAAGAAUGGGGGCUAGAGUCGGAGAUAAAAGAAACUACCGGGGCCGCAUUGCAUGUCUGCAGAUUUACGAUAUACCUCUGUCUUCAGAACAGAUUGAUAAUACUAAAGAAAUUUGUAAGCGAUACAAAAGACAAUGAUUGGCUCUCUUUUGCUUGUACAACCGGAAGGCUUUCUUCCAGUUAUGAAUUAUUACAAAGAUAUGGCUCCACGUUUAUUACAUUGCACGUCAUUCAGACAUUGCUCUUGAUGAUACCAGGGCGUUUUGUUUAUGCAGUCCUUCACCUUACUAACUUUUUUUAUUUUGGGGUUGAAAUUAAAAUAAUCGGAAAAAUAGAGUCCACAAUAGUAAUUUACAUUCCAAAUUAAACAAAUGCUAUAAGUCCUUGUAAAUGGUUUUGUAAUAAAAUCUUGAUACAUGAAUAAAGUUGGUUUAACUAUUUCACAGAUUUUGUUGUUAUUGUUGUUGUUGGCCGGGGGGAGGGGCAAUCAACCUCUGUUCUUCUACCGUGCCACAGGUGCCUGAGGCACUGAUUGUUUGUAGGAACGUAGAUGAUUGGCCAAACGAAACAAGAGUGACCAAACUCGAGCCCAGGGCCCGUUUCCUCGGCUCUGCGGUCAGCGGUUGCGUCGCCGGAGAGACCUUGGGGUGACCCUUGCAGUAAGGAACAACUGAGUGCUUGGGAGUUAGAGGUUGGACAAACAACGAAAAUGUUGAAUUUUGCCUAUUUCAAAACUUGCUCAAGAUGUGUGUUAUUUUUUUUUAACAAGAAUAUUUAAUCAGAGCCAAUAUCUUGUCGCUGAAAUUUUGAGAUAGAGAUUUUUAGAUACUGGGCAAUAUAUAGCAGUUUUCAUGACCUGUCUUUGCCCUCGGUGUUCCGAUCUUGGCUAUUUAUAAUUAUUGACGUUCGUAUUUUUCAACUCCCGAAUAUGAAUAAAGAUCUUGGGACAUUUUAGAAGAGGAGUAAAAACUGAGCUCUGUUACUGGCUAAAAGGGAUUUUUGAAAAAAAAAAACAAGCCGGAUUUUUUAAUGUGACCGGCGUGACUGCUCGAUCUGUGUAAAAUUGCUCGCAUGGCUUUAUGUUAUUUAGAGCCUUGAAAGUCCGCCAGGCUAUCUGAUUACAACAAUCUUUUCUUUUGGACGUGAACCCGGGGACGUGAGCCCAUAGACGUCAUAGACACCAUCCGGCAUGAUGGAGAGCGAGAAUCGUUCUACAAACUCUAAAGAGAGCAGGAAGACAGACUAUCAAUGCCCAUCAUGACUGGAGGUUUUGGUCGUUACCAGAUGGUUUUUUACGCUUUUAUAUGCUUGGUUUCCAUUCCUACAGGCUUUCAGCUCUCUCUUCCAGUUUUCUACGGCGUAUCUCCUCCAUUUACCUGCGCGGUGUCAAAGGUUGCUAAUGACACUUGCUCUGUGGGAAAAUGCUCAGGCUGCGGGAAAUACGAAUAUAAAGGAACAUUUACUAAUGCAGUGUCUGAGGUAAGUCGCGCCUACAGCUACUAAGCCGAGUAUGCUAUUGCGAGCAUUGAGCUGUUUACAGGGCAGGCAGUAACGCUCUUACACUAUUUUUGUGGUAGCGUGAUGUUAAACAGUAAGUCCCCUUUUUCACGUGAUGCUUGUUUUGAUUUUUUAGAUUUCUAACUUUGGUCUUGGACUUAGGGCCAGAAAUAAAGCGGAGACUUAGAGCACUAAAAAUGAUAUUCGGAACUGCUAUUGUAUCUUCUUGAAAUUUAAUACAUGUAGCGUUACGAAAUUUGCCAUGCAGUCUUAUAUACCAUAACACUUUCCCUACUAAAGAAACUGACCAAACGUUUUCACAAUCAUUUAAUUUGAGUUAUUUGAACUAACCGUUAAAUUUUUAGUGCAACACUCGCAGUCACGUUAACACGUUGUCCUACAGAUGUCAAACGACA